UAUCUAUGACGACAGAUGGCUGAUUGGCUGGCGAGAGCGUGUACGCUCUGCGUCGGGAGCGAGUUUGGAGGUAGAUGGACACCAAGACGUUGCUGUAUUGAUUCCAGGAGCCAUGCUGUGGGCAGCGGGGUCGGUCGUGCGGAGGCUCAGCACUUCGGCGAUUAAUUACCAGAAUAAGCUAAAGGUAGCUCUAAUUGGACAGAGUUUGUUCGGACAGGAGGUUUACAGCAGCCUGCGGAAAGAAGGGCACAAAGUAGUUGGUGUAUUCACUGUUCCUGAUCGUGAUGGAAAGGCUGACCCUCUGGCGGUUGCUGCAGACAAAGAUGGUGUCCCGGUCUUUAAGUUCCCCAGAUGGAGGCUGAAGGGGAAACCUAUUACUGAUGUUGUUGAAGCCUAUAAAUCUGUCGGAGCAGAGCUAAAUGUGCUUCCGUUCUGUAGCCAGUUUAUCCCAAUGGACGUUAUUAAUUACCCUCGGCAUGGAUCAAUAAUCUACCACCCGUCACUACUUCCUCGCCACAGGGGUGCAGCUGCUAUAAACUGGACUCUUAUUCAUGGAGAUAAGAUGGGAGGUUUCACCAUUUUUUGGGCAGAUGAUGGACUGGACACAGGGCCCAUUCUACUGCAGAAGCAAUGUGAUGUGGACCCAAAUGACACCGUGGACUCGCUGUACAACCGUUUCCUGUAUCCUGAGGGUAUAACUGCAAUGGUGGAGGCAGUCCAGUUGAUUGCUGACGAGAAGGCGCCUCGCAUCACUCAGCCUGAAGAAGGAGCAACAUAUGAAGGGAUCCAGAGGAAAGAGAAUUCCAAGAUUUGCUGGGAUCAGUCAGCAGAGUCCAUCCAUAACUGGAUCCGUGGUCAUGAUAAAGUUCCUGGAGCAUGGACAGUCAUCAAUGGGCAGCCUGUCACUUUGUAUGGUUCGUCCCUGUAUAAAGGUGCAGUCCCGUCAGGCCAGCCAUUGGAGAUCAGUGGGGCGAGUAAACCUGGCCUGGUAACCACCAAUGGACUGGUGCUCUUCGGCAAUGAUGGGAACAUGUUGAUGGUUAGAAACCUUCAGUUUGAAGAUGGGAAGAUGAUUCCUGCCUCCAAAUAUUUCUCUGCUGGUGACGCAGCCACUGUGGAAUUGACAGAUGAAGAGAAGAGAAUUGCUGAAGAUAUAAGGGCUGUCUGGAAAUCAAUUCUGAGCAAUGUUGCUGCCAUUGAGGAUUCUACAGACUUUUUUAAGUCUGGAGCAGCUUCUAUGGACGUGGUCAGGUUGGUUGAAGAAGUCAAACAGAAAUGCAGUGGCCUGCAGCUGCAGAAUGAAGAUGUUUAUAUGGCAACUAAAUUUGAGGAUUUUAUCCAGAUAGUUGUGCGAAAGUUGAGAGGAGAGGAUGAGGAAGUGGAGCUGGAGGUAGAUUAUGUUACAAUGGAUGUAAAUAACAUGACCCUGAAAAUGCCUCACCAAUGCUUUAUUGAUGGCCGUUUUAUCAACUCCGAGGAUGGAAAGACCUAUAACAGCAUCAACCCUACAGAUGGCUCGGUGAUCUGCCAAGUGUCCUAUUCCUCAGUUGCUGAUGUUGAUAAAGCUGUGGCAGCAGCUAAAGAUGCAUUUGAGAAUGGAGAGUGGGGGAAGAUGAAUGCACGAGACAGAGGAAGACUGUUGUAUCAGCUGGCAGACCUGAUGGAGGAGCACCAAGAGGAACUUGCCACCAUCGAGGCCAUUGAUUCCGGGGCCGUCUACACUCUUGCCCUGAAGACGCACGUUGGAAUGUCCAUUCAAACAUUCAGAUAUUUUGCAGGAUGGUGUGACAAGAUUCAGGGCUCUACGAUCCCUAUUAACCAAGCACGUCCCAACCAUAAUUUAACAUAUACGAAGAAGGAGCCUCUGGGGGUCUGUGCUAUUGUCAUUCCCUGGAAUUACCCCCUCAUGAUGCUGGCAUGGAAGAGUGCAGCCUGCCUAGCUGCGGGAAACACACUGGUGCUGAAACCAGCACAGGUGACUCCACUCACUGCAUUGAAGUUUGCCGAGCUGGCUGCACAAGCUGGCAUUCCAAGGGGAGUCAUCAACAUCCUCCCUGGAUCAGGCGGCCUGGUGGGACAGCGGCUGUCCGAGCACCCUGAUAUCCGCAAGCUGGGCUUCACGGGAUCUACCCCCAUUGGUAAACAGAUCAUGAAGAGCUGUGCUGUCAGCAACCUGAAGAAGGUCUCCUUGGAGCUGGGUGGCAAGUCUCCCCUCAUCAUCUUCAAUGACUGUGACCUUGACAAGGCUGUGAGAAUGGGUAUGGGAGCUGUUUUCUUCAACAAGGGGGAGAACUGCAUUGCUGCAGGCCGCUUGUUUGUUGAAGAGUCGAUCCACGACAGCUUUGUUCACCGAGUGGUUGAGGAGAUCAAGAAAAUGAAAAUCGGCGAUCCCCUGGACAGGUCAACAGACCAUGGACCACAGAACCACAAGGCCCACCUGGAGAAGCUGCUAGAGUACUGUGAGAUUGGGGUUAAGGAAGGAGCUACACUGGUGUAUGGGGGCAAGGGUGUCUCACGACCUGGCUUCUUCAUGGAACCGACGGUCUUCACUGAUGUGGAGGACGACAUGUUUAUUGCCAAAGAAGAAUCCUUUGGACCAGUGAUGGUCAUUUCCAAGUUCAAAGAUGGGGAUGUGGAUGGAGUGUUGCAACGUGCAAACAACACGGAAUUUGGUUUGGCAUCAGGAGUUUUCACAAGGGACAUCGGGAAGGCGAUGUACGUGAGUGAUGGACUUGAUGCUGGGACCGUCUUCAUCAACACUUACAACAAAACUGAUGUGGCAGCUCCUUUUGGAGGCUUCAAACAAUCCGGGUUUGGAAAAGACUUGGGUGAGGAAGCACUCCAUGAAUACCUCCGAACCAAAGCCGUGACAGUGGAGUACUAGGGCCUCGUUUCAACAAUGUCUUCAUUUCCACUGGCCCUUUGGCUGGACAUCAGCAGAAGAGGACUUGAGGACUCUACCAGUGUGUAACAAACUCAGCACAUACAAGCAACUGUAUCCUCUUGUUCAAUGUUCAAAAACUAGAGUUUCUAGUUGCAGCUUAGCUUGUACCCAAACCUUGUGUAUUGUGCACUGGGUUACAGUUGUAACAUUCGGCUUCUCAGUGAUGAAGCUAUGAUGAAGCUUCUUGAGUCCCACUCACUGGAAGUUUGCUUUGAUUGGUGAUCUGGCCAUUAAUAACGAUGUAAAUUGUUGCAGUUUCAUAAGAUCUUUUCAGAUGAAAAUUAUGUACAUAUCAUAAGUUGUACCAUUGCAGUUGGAAUGUGUUUAUCAGCAAGAGAUCAGAUCAGACCAGUUGAGCAGUAAAUAACUGAAGCAACUAAAGAGUCAUUUGCUAGUUGCUGGAGUUUUAACUAUUGAAAGGAAAGAAAAAAGGGAAUUGAAGCUCAGUGGUUGAGGCUGUGGCUGAAAGCUGAUACAAAACAAGCUGGGUCUGUGCGUUAAUUUUUGGGCAAACUGAAACGAUCUGAACCAUCCAGCAUCUCCACAUUAUCUUCUACCUGCCAUCCUUUCAGUAUGUAAAUUAAUAAAUGUUUAAAAAGUAAUCACUUGGUACAGAUAAAAUGGCUGAAACUGGUACGUUAAGUUACAACCAGUUAUAAUGUAGGGAAAUGCUUGCUCAUGUGUUGUCUGUUCAAAUGUUGCUUUUAGAUUCAUUGGAUACUCACAAUGAAGUGCCCUUAAUUUUGAUUUGUCCUAGCAAGUGUAGAAGACACCAUGAUCUAUGCACAUUUGAUCUAUGCACAUAAGCUUUAAAUCAGAGUAACUGUCACAUUCUGUACCUCUGCAUCUGAGCACUUGCCUGCUCUGGGAGCAGAGCUGAGGACACAAAUGGUGAUUAUAACUAUAUAGCCAUAUAACAAUUACAGCACGGAAACAGGCCAUCUGGGCCCUUCUAGUCCACGCUGAACGCUUACUCUCACCUAGUCCUAUCGACCUGCACUCAGGCCACCCUCCAUUCCUCCCCUGUCCAUAUACCUAUCCAAUUUUGCUUUAAAUGACAAUACCGAACCUGCCUCUACCACUUCUACUGGAAGCUUGUCCCACACAGCUACCACUCUGAGUAAAGAAAUUCCCCCUCGUGUUACCCUUAAACUUUUGCCCCCUAAGUCUCAACUCAUGUCCUCUUGUCUGAAUCUCCCCUACUCUCAAUGGAAAAAGCCUAUCCACGUCAACUCGAUCUAUCCCCCUCAUUAUUUUAAAUACCUCUAUCAAGUCCCCCCUCAACCUAUGCUCCAAAGAAUAAAGACCUAACUUGUUCAAUCUUUCCCUGUAACUUAGGUGCUGAAACCCAGGUAACAUUCUAGUAAAUCUCUGUACUCUCUCUAUUUUGUUGACAUCUUUCCUAUAAUUCGGUGACCAGAACUGUACACAAUACUCCAAAUUCGGCUUUACAAAUGCCUUGUACAAUUUUAACAUUACAUCCCAACUCCUAUACUCAAUGCUCUGAUUUAUAAAGGCCAACAUACCAAAAGCUUUCUUCACCACCCUAUGCACAUGAGAUUCCACCUUCAGGGAACUAUGCACCAUUAUUCCUAGGUCACUCUGUUCUACUGCAUUCUUCAAUGCCCUACCAUUUACCAUGUAUGUCCUAUUUGGAUUAUUCCUACCAAAAUGUAGCACCUCACACUUAUCAGCAUUAAAGUCCAUCUGCCAUCGUUCAGCCCACUCUUCUAACUGGCCUAAAUCUCUCUACAAACUUUGAAAACCUACUUCAUUAUCCACAAUGCCACCUACCUUAGUAUCAUCUGCAUACUGCAUACAACAAUAUUGGACCCAGUACAGAUCCCUGAGGCACAACACUAGUCAUCGGCCUCCAACCUGACAAACAGUUAUCCACCACUACUCUCUGGCAUCUCCCAUGCAGCCACUGUUGAAUCCAUUUUACUACUUCAAUAUUAAUAACUAAAGGUUGAACCUUCCUAACUAACCUUCCGUGCAGAACCUUGUCAAAGCCCAAAUGUAAUACAUGAUUAUGUAUUACAGUGAAUGUAAAAUCUGAUAUCUACAUCCAGUAUGCAUCUCUGACAAUAAUUGCAUAGAUUAUUGAAUUGUUUUGUUGAUGAAUGUUUGGUUCAUUUGUAUGUGAAGUGCUAGGCCAGUACUGGUACCUGCCUUACUGGUCCGAAUACUCAUUGGAACCCAGCAAACAGCAACAGGUGCUGCAAAUCUGAAAUUUAAAAAAAAAACAGGAGAUACUGGAAACAUGGUAACACUUGGACAGUGUGUAAGGCAAGAGAACCAGAUUACUGUUUGAGGUCAGUGCCUUUCAUUGAGUGUGAUAGCAGAAUUGGAGAGGGCGUGGGGAACAGAGGGAAUGUUAUACUGGAGCAUGGAGCUAGAAUCCAAGUGACAGCAGAAUUGUUGGUGUGAUCUGAGAUGUUACAGACUGUAUUCACUACUCUGUCACUAUCCCCAGAGCUGUGCAACCAGGCACUGCCUCUCUUGCCUACAGCUGUGAUUUAUUCAGGUGGGGUGGGGUGGGGUGGGGUAGGCUAAUAAGGCAAAAGUCUUGUGGAGUAUUCCAUUCUUGGUUGAUAGAAACGAGUGCAGGAAAUUCACUGACUCAGUGUUACUUGCUGCCGGUGAAAUGGCCUGUUCAAAUGGAGCCAGCUUCCUCACAGAUGCAGAGAGACCAUCCUCUACAGCAGGGAACUGUGCACGCCUCGCCAGGACUCUUCCAGUGUCCUUUAAUGUAUGCUUCAAAUUCUAUCGUGAGAAGUUAUGCAUCUAUGUAAAAAAAAAUUACAGUCCUAAUUUAAAAAUGCAUUGUGAUUUUAUUUUACUACAAGUAAAGCUUUGCACUGCAAGAUUA